AUGGGAAAAAAGAUAAAGAGAUCUACAAAAACUAAUGAGAGAAAAAAGGAACAACUCAUUAGUAAUGAAAGGCAGCAACUCGUUGAGGAACUACACGCUCCGGCGAGAAAAAAUUUUCCGCGAAGACGCGUCAUAGUUCAUGGAUAUGACGAUCCAUGGCAAGCCGAUAUCGUCGAGAUGAUUCCAUACUCACGUUUCAACAGAGGCUAUCACUACAUACUCACCGUUAUAGAUGUGUUAAGCAAGCAUGCAUGGGCCAUACCACUCAAGAGUAAAGGCGGAAGCGAGACGGCUAACGCAAUCACCGAGAUAAUUCGAGAGAGCAAGAGAUGUCCAAGAAACCUACAAACUGACAUGGGGAAGGAAUUUUAUAACGCCUACGUGCAAAAACUCUUUAAAAAAAAAUGA